GAGGUCACGGGCUGGUUGCUAGGAGGGUCUAUAGCUAUUGGAGGAUGCGUCGCCACGGCAGCAGAAGCCCGCCCCACCGAGCCGUGGGCGGGUCCAUGGCCACUGAUUGGUGGAUUCGCUGACAGGGAGCCACACUAGUAUUCUGAUUGGCUGUGGCUUUUUGAAAGGGCCGCCCGAGGAUUGGCCUCUCGGACCUCGGUCCCGCUAGAAGCCGGCGGAGGUAGCGUGAGGGGCUGCCCCGCCGUGGACGGGCCUCUCGGCCGCGGAGGGAACUCCACCAGCACGCAGACACCGACUGCUAGCAAUGGCCCUGGAAACGGUGAGGGAGCUCCUGAGCUUCGACUGCGGCUCCCUGGUGGCUUAUCAGUUGGAUAAAAGCUCCCAGCUGGACGCCAUCAGCUUCCAGACCGUCCUGAUGCGAGACGUGUUUGUGCGUUUCCCCGAGGUCGUGCUUAUCCACAGGACGCACAGCGGCAAGGGCAAAGCUCUGUACAUGUUCAUGGUCGACAAGCCUUUCCUGAAGCUGGAGGGCGAGAUGAUGAAGGUCAUUCACUUCGCAGUCCCCGCAAAGGAGUCUGCAGAGAGCUUGUCGCGCCUCUACAAGACGUUCAAGGCCUUUAACCCCGAAUGGAAGAAGAUCCAGACCUUCCUAGUGGACCCACACUUCCCGUUGUUGCCGAUCCUCUCCCAAGCGUUCCCGUCGGCGGAAGUGCAGCUAUCCGUCUUCCACGUGUGCAAAUACUUGCAGCACAAGAUUCACCAGCUGUCUUUGGAGUGCUACACGGAAAGGCUCAUUCUGAAUACCUUGAGGAACACGAUGUGUGCAGCCACAGAGAGCAACCUGCGGAAGAUGCAUACCGUUCUGAGCGAUUUUGUGAAGCCCGACUUGCUGCCCCAGCUCCACAUCCACUGGCUCCUCAACAGCAAGAUCUGGGUCAUGCACAGCUGGAGGAACUGGGCUGAGAGCAGUGAGUAUUUUAAAGACCUGGAGAUCACCACUCGAGGCUUAAGUCAAGUCUUCUGCACUGGGCGCUCUCUGGAGACCUGCGCCACUUCUCUAGCAAAACACUACCAGAAGUGUGUGUCGGAGCGGCCUCCUGACGCCGUGCUGGUCUCCACUACCCCUUCGAGCAACCAUAUGUCUGCUGAGGCAGCUCCCCAGAGCGUGCCGGCUCAGACCUUGCGCCCAGCUUCUACUCAUCCCUCCACAUCUCUGUGUAACCAACCAGCCCAGAAGACAGCACUGGUCUCUCUCAAUCAUGGCUCUCUUGCAACUCUUCAGAAUCCCCUGAUCUUUCUUCAGAACCCCCUGGCAGCCCCUCAGAUUUCCCAGCUUCUGCAGAACCAUUCAACAAAUGCUUGGAGCCCCUUGAAGCUUCCUCUCCAUGGAACUGCAAGAGAGACCAUCGCUGAGGACACAGACGGGGACCACGACACGGAGAGGAGCAGAGAGGCUGAUGAUCGCAUCAGUCAGUCCCUGCAGGACAUCUGCACAGCUCCUGCCACUAAACUCUGCCUGACCGAGUUUGCAGUGGUGCAGAAGUCUGUGCAGCUAAUUGGCACCAAUGAGGAUGCCAUCAAUGUGCAGAUCCUCGAAGAUGCCCACAAGGUGGACCCAAAGGGCUUGAAAAGCUGUACUUGCCCCUUGAACCAAACCUUCCGGCUGCCCUGCAGGCACGUCCUGGCUGUGCUGAACUCGGACAGGAGGGUCUCGCAGCCAGAAAUGCUGAGCAAACAGUGGCAGAAGGGACCUGGUGGCUGUCAGGCAGGGCCAGAAAGCACCAAUGGCUUCUCAGAGGUUCUAAACAGCUCCUGGGAGAAGUCGCUGGAUAAAUCCCUGGUUGUGUCCUUUCUUACCAAAGAGAUCAGCCGCCUUCUGACCCAGUGCAGUAGUGAGGAGUUUGAUCGCAGGUACAACACCCUGAGGGAACUGGCUGACAGUUGGAUCGGACCUUACGUGGAAGUGAAGCUGUAGCUCUGACGCUGCUGCUUCCCAGCCCCUUCUGCUUGUGCCUUGCAGCUGUUGGGCACGUGGGCGGAAGCGAGAUGUGAAAUGCUGGAGCAGCAUCAGUUCAAAGCCACACGUCCUCCUUUUCGUCCUCUCAGAAACCCGGUGGUGGGAGAUGGGCAACGCAGUGGGGUCUCCCUGGCUUUGGAGUGCCCCUAGCACCUGUUGAUUGAACAUUGCCCUUGCUGGGGAGAUGGAGGGACCUGGAUGUGGGACUCCUGCCCAGGUGGCAAUGGACCAACCACACUGGCCCAGCUGAUAGUGGAACUGGGGCAGCCUGGGCCCCCAUUGUCUGACCCAGGGCUUGUGCAUUCAGGCCCUUUCCAGGUGCGCAGUCACUGCACUGGGCAUGGGCAGCUUAGCUGUGACAUGUAUAACACUUGCAGGUAGGUAGGGAGCUGAGUACCUCGUUGCCAGCCCUUCCCCUCCCUGCCUUGUUGGCACCUGGGGCUCCUUACCUAGCUUGGUAGGCAGGCUGUGCUCAGGUGAGGCCAGGCUCUGUUUUUAAACCACAUUGUUAGUUCCCCGUCUUCUCAUUUCCCUAUGCUGUAGUCGGCCGAGUGAACCUGCCCGCCCACAGCUCCCGCAGCAGGCACUAGAGUUACAUGGGCCAGAGGUGGCAGCUGCCCUUACACUUGCUGGGAAACUAGUGCACUCUUGCCCUGACAGCCUUGGACUGGGAGAAGGGGAUGAAUGGGUGUACCUGUGGCUGUCGCCUGCGGCUUGCAGCCAGGCAGUAAGUGCAGACUGAAGGCUCGCAGUGUGCUGCAGGGAGGAAAAGGGGGUGCUGACAGCAGCAAGACCUGCUGCAUGCUUGGGGAUAAGGGGUUUGGCUGCUCUGAAAGAAGCAGCUUCAGGAAAGGAGAUCCCAUGGGCGGGAGAUAGAGAUGCUUUGUUGCAGCCGGCAGGGGGCAGCCAGGGGUGCAGGACCGCAUGGGGAGGUCGGCUUCCCCCCCCCCCAGUCUGACAUGCUUGUCAUCCAAAGUGCGUGUGUUCCCUUGACCCAGGUUUUGGUAGCGGCUUUGUUUAUAGCAGUCAGCACACCAUGGGAGCAGAGCAGAGCGGCGUGACUGGGGACUUCCUCUUGAUCUGGGGUUUUGUAACACAUGAUCUGGUAAUAUAAACCUUCUCUGGGAA